AUGAGACAACUUUUGCUUCUUUUUUUUAAUUUAUUUGUUUUUGUUGCACUUUGUGCAGCAAAAGAAGAUAAAAAUCCUGAUGUCGGAACCGUUAUUGGUAUUGACUUAGGUACAACGUACUCAUGUGUUGGUGUAUAUAAAAAUGGAAGGGUAGAAAUAAUUGCUAAUGAUCAAGGUAACAGAAUCACACCAUCUUAUGUAGCUUUUACUGCAGAAGGAGAGAGAUUGAUUGGUGAUGCUGCCAAGAAUCAACUUACAACUAAUCCUGAAAACACAAUUUUCGAUGCCAAACGGUUAAUAGGUAGAGAAUGGACCGAUUCAGCUGUUCAACAUGAUAUCAAAUAUUUUCCAUUCAAGGUUAAAGAGAAAAAUAGUAAACCACACAUUGAAGUGUCAACAUCUCAGGGAACCAAAUUGUUUGCUCCGGAAGAAAUUUCAGCCAUGGUUUUAGGAAAAAUGAAAGAAACAGCUGAGGCAUAUUUAGGAAAGAAAGUAACACAUGCCGUAGUUACAGUUCCAGCUUAUUUCAAUGAUGCUCAGCGUCAAGCUACCAAAGAUGCAGGAACCAUUUCAGGUUUGGUAGUUAUGAGAAUCAUAAACGAACCUACAGCUGCUGCCAUUGCUUACGGUUUAGAUAAGCGUGAGGGAGAAAAGAACGUAUUGGUAUUCGAUUUGGGAGGUGGUACUUUCGACGUAUCACUAUUGACAAUUGAAAAUGGCGUUUUUGAAGUAGUAUCCACCAAUGGUGACACUCACUUGGGUGGAGAAGAUUUCGAUCAAAGAGUUAUGGAUCACUUUAUAAAAUUGUACAAAAAGAAGAAGGGUAAAGAUAUAAGGAAGGAUAACAGAGCAGUUCAGAAAUUGAGACGAGAAGUGGAAAAAGCUAAGAGAGCAUUGUCCUCGAGUCAUCAAGUCAGAAUCGAAAUUGAAAGUUUCUUUGACGGAGAUGAUUUUUCGGAAACUCUUACCAGAGCCAAAUUCGAAGAAUUGAACAUGGAUCUUUUCCGUUCGACCAUGAACCCCGUUCAAAAAGUUUUGGAAGAUGCCGACAUGAAUAAAAAGGACGUCGAUGAAAUUGUUUUGGUCGGCGGAAGUACUAGAAUUCCGAAAAUUCAACAAUUGGUCAAAGAUUUCUUCGGGGGAAAAGAACCAAGCAGAGGAAUCAAUCCGGAUGAGGCUGUCGCGUACGGUGCAGCCGUUCAAGCCGGCGUUUUGACCGGAGAACAAGACACGGAUGGUAUCGUUCUUUUGGAUGUAAAUCCUCUCACGAUGGGUAUCGAAACGAUCGGCGGAGUCAUGACAAAACUUAUACCGAGAAACACGGUUAUCCCUACGAAGAAAUCUCAAAUUUUCUCAACCGCAUCGGAUAAUCAACACACCGUUACCAUACAAGUGUACGAAGGAGAACGUUCCAUGACGAAGGACAAUCACCUUUUGGGAAAAUUCGAUUUGACGGGCAUACCGCCGGCACCGCGAGGAGUUCCACAGAUUGAAGUCACAUUCGAAAUCGAUGCCAACGGAAUUCUUCAAGUGUCGGCAGAAGACAAGGGAACGGGAAACAAGGAAAAAAUCGUCAUCACGAACGAUCAAAACAGAUUGACUCCCGACGACAUUGAAAGAAUGAUCAAAGACGCGGAAAAAUUUGCAGACGAAGAUAAAAAACUGAAGGAAAAAGUCGAUUCGAGAAACGAACUCGAGUCGUACGCUUAUUCUCUUAAAAAUCAAUUGGGAGACAAGGAAAAACUGGGUGCCAAACUCAGCGACGAUGACAAGGCGAAAAUGGAAGAAGCGAUCGAUGAAAAGAUAAAAUGGUUGGAACAAAAUCCGGAUGCGGACGUGGACGAGUACAAGAAACAGAAGAAAGAAUUGGAAGAUGUAACCAAACCUAUAAUAGCUAAAUUAUAUUCGAGUACGGGAGGUGUACCUCCUCAAGGUGGCGGAGAUGACGAAGACCUUAAAGACGAGCUUUAA